AUGGUGCUGCCCUCAAACUUAGUCAUGUGUGCCAUCAAGCUUGGGUCACCUGCUGAGGUUCCCGGCGAGGGACCGGCGAAGAAGCGUCGUGGAAGGCCGGCUAAGGUCGGCCACUUCCACGACGAGCCAGGGCUGGACCACUUCCUCAAAAUCAUCUUCAAGCCAACCUUCGGCCGCCUCAUUAUCCCUAAAGCUUUUGUCAAGUGGUUCGGAGAUAUCCCUUCCAACAUCAUCGUCACCACCAACACCAGAUGCAACUGGGGGAUGACUACGAGGAGAGAAGGCGAUGACGCAUUCAUCGACCAGGGAUGGUCGGCCUUCGCCAUCGCCCAUCAGCUCAAGGUAGGCCAGUUCGUCACCUUCAGAAGGGUGUCCUCCUUGGAGUACAGUGUGGUCAUCUUCGACCACACCUUCACUGAGGUGGUGACGAGGUGCCCGUACCAUGGCGAUGACACCAGGUGCGUCGUCUCGGAGCACCAUGUCUGA